AUGAAUAUAUUAUUUAAUAAUAAAAUUCAAAAAGGAAAAAUAAAAGGUAUUUUUAAUUUAAAAUUUUUAAAUUUAUAUUGGGGUAUAAUUUCUUUAAAUUCUGGUUUUAUUACUAAAAAUCAAUUAGAUACUUCUAAAUUUAUAAUAAAUAAAUUUAUAAAAAAAAUAGGUAAAUAUAAUAUAUGUAUAAAGUGUAAUAAAUCAUUGACUAAAAAAUCUUUAAAAACUAGAAUGGGUGCUGGUAAGGGAUCUAUAGAGUUAUAUGUUGGUAUUGUAAAAAAAUAUAAGUUAUUAUUUGAAAUAAGUAAAAUUUCAUUAAAAGAAAUUUUUAUGAUAACUAAAAUAUUAUCAUAUAAAUUGCCUUUUAAAUUACAAUUUAUAAAAAAAAAUUUAUAA